UCUGUGUAUUUUACUCCAUCUCUCCACAGCUGACAAGUAGAGUCUGGGCUUCUGAAGUCUCCUUUUACCUUCUGUUUGUAGCUUCCUAGUACAGGUUAUAUGUUAUUCUUAUUUUUCAAAUACUGAUUAACUUUACACCCAUUACCUUUAACCACCAACCAUUUGCUCGGGGUGCGUCUGUUAUCUUUUGUGUCAUGCUGCACAAAGAGGAACUACGUGCCAGAGUUCAGUUUGUUUAGUUAAUAUUUACUCCUCUUGGUGAACAUUUGAAAAAGGAUCAGGCCCGAGCAGCCUUUCCUCCUGAGAAACCACCAUGGAGCUGAGGCAGCGUCUCUCCGUUUGUGUGCUGCUGGUAUUUAGUGCGACAUGGAGUGCAAACGCAGGGAAUAUUUUGGUGUGGUACACUGAAGGCAGCCACUGGAUUAACAUGAAGCCUGUGCUGGACUCACUGAUCGACAGGGGACACCAGGUGACGGUCCUGGUCCCAAGCGCAUCGAUGUUCAUGAACUCAAGCGAGUCAGCCCGCUUUCGCUAUGAACCAUUUGAUGUCUCAGUCUCAUUGGAGGAAAUGGAGGAGUUUUUUGAAAAGUUCAUUCAGUUUUCCAUGUAUGAGAUGGAUCAUAUGAACUACCUGCAGAUUUACCUUCGAUUCAUAGAUCUGAUGAAGCUCGACCUGCAGUAUUCUCUACAGUAUUUGGACGGCGUGCUGAAAUCAGAAACCAUCAUGAAGAAGCUGAAGGAAGGAAAAUACGACCUUCUCCUGGCUGACCCCAUCUACCCCGGCAGCGACUUAGCAGCAGAGAUUUUGGGCGUCCCCCUUGUCUUCUCUCUGCGCUUUUCCAUAGCCCAUAACUGGGAGAGGCUGUGCGGUCAGGUGCCCGCUCCACCUUCGUUUGUCCCUGGUGCUAUGAGCAAACUGACGGACAAGAUGGACUUCUCAGAGAGAGUGUGGAACUUUCUCUUCUAUGCACUGCAGGACGUCGUAAUGAAACACAUUUACUGGAAAGAAAUAGAUAAAUAUUACUCUGAUGUCAAAGGGACGCCUAUCAAUGCCUGUGAGAUGAUGGGUAGGGCAGACAUCUGGUUGAUGCGAACAUACUGGGAUUUUGAUUUUCCACGUCCUUUCCUCCCCAACUUCAAAUUCGUCGGUGGGAUCCACUGCAGACCUGCUAAACCUUUGCCAAAGGAUAUGGAAGAAUUUGUGCAGAGUUCUGGAGACGCUGGCAUCGUGGUCUUCACUUUGGGAUCCUUCAUCAAGAACAUCACCGCAGAGAAAGCAAACAUGAUCGCCUCAGCCCUCUCUCAGAUCCCACAAAAGGUGCUGUGGAGAUACAGUGGAGAAAAACCUGAGACUCUGGGUGCCAACACCAGAUUAUACGACUGGAUCCCUCAGAACGACCUGCUGGGUCACCCCAAGACCAGAGCUUUCAUCACCCACGGUGGCACAAACGGGAUUUAUGAGGCCAUCUACCACGGUGUUCCACUGGUGGGCAUCCCAUUGUUCGCUGACCAGCCAGAAAACCUGAUCCAUAUGAAGGCUAAAGGAGCUGGACUUAUCGUGGACUUAAACUUCAUGAAGACAGAGGACCUUAGAGAUGCGGUCAAAGCUGUUAUCAAUGAGAAAUCGUACAAGGAGAGUGCUAUGCAGCUAUCCCGCAUCCACCACGACAGACCCAUGAGCCCGCUGGACGAGGCGAUAUUCUGGAUCGAGUUCACCAUGAGAAACAAUGGAGCCAAGCACCUGAGGGUCCAGGCCCACGAGCUCACCUGGUACCAGUAUCACUGCCUGGACGUCCUGGCCUUCAUCCUCACCAUCGUCCUGUUCCUCACGUUCCUCUUCAUCAAGACCUGCAGUUUCUGCUUCCGGAGGUGUUGUGGCAGGAGGGGAAAGACAAAGAGAAAGGCUGAGUAAUGGACUGAAUUAAGAAGGUAAUGAAUAAGAAAACAGUUUAAUUGUUGUCCUGUUGGUUUAAAGCAUAUAUUGUAGCCACAGUGUCCUGGAUUUGAAUUAAUGGCCUGGGACCAGUGACUUUUGUAAAAACCAUAGAAAAUCUAAGUUUACAGCAUCCAGUAUUUGAACUGUAAAUCUGCAGAGUAAUGAUUUUGUUAUUUCACUUGUUUUGUUACCAUAAAGUUAAAACGUUCUUAAUCCCUCACACAAAUACCAUGUAUUUGCUCGUUCCUCGUAGCACGUUCCUGUUGUUUGCUCCUUCAUGUAAAGCCAGUAAUUAGCACAAUUGCUUACAGGUGCAAGCUAAUUAGCAUAACUGCACCUGAGGCCAAUUUAACGUCAAAAGCUGGAGGUUCAUUGGCUGGUUUAAGUUUGGGGGGAAAAAAGAACAAACAAAGGGAUUUUAUUCUGUGCCUUUAAUUGGAUAAUAUUAAUGACACCCCACUGCUUCAGGUUUUUUUUAGCACGCUGCAGCACGAUCACAAAUAUUUAUACAAGCAUGGACAUGUGGGCUGCAAAUCAAAACAUACAGAGAAUACUGUAUUAUUAACACAAAUAAAGUGACGUAAUCAAACUAAAAAAAAUAAACAGCCCUCCUAAAUACUCAGAACAGAGCUGACAGAGCUUCGCACAUUCAGAUUUUCAGAUACAUUUUUCAUGUAUGAACAGUGUGGGGAUUAUUUUUUGGUUUUAUUUCCAUCAUUUUUUCAGUUUUCCAUCCUCUUUGACCUUCCAUAACAUGAGCUCCAUGCAGGCAGCAGCGUCCUCUGCAGUGUCGUGGCCACACACUGGGAAAAAAACAGUAAUAUAUUAUUUAAAGAGAUGCAAACAAUGACAGUCAACAUCCUCAGCAAUGAAUCACUUCUAUUGUUUUACAUUUACAUUUUGUGAGAUUUAAACUCUAAUUUUAUAGUGUGACUGUGAUUUUGUCUUUAUUUGGAUUUAGAUUUUGAUUCAGAUGGAUGGUAAAUAUUAAAAAGGACACAUAAAACAGACA